AAGAUAAUUGCAGGGGAGUCAGUCAAUACUAGAGUCUAAAGUCUGGCUCCGGUGUGCUGAACGUCAUACACUCAUCUACCCAACACCCUUACGCUAUGAGAGCAGAGCAGGCCCGCCAUUUCCCUGACUGCAUGUAGCACUUUAAAGCCAGCAGCAGGAGUGGCGACUACCGACACGGACCGAAACGCACCGGGAUCUAGAGAUCGGAAUGAGCGAUAGACAGAGACGGCGGGGCGAAUGAGUCAGCGAGUGGACCCUGUGCUGCCAAAUGUACCGCCAUAGCUUUAUGAAAUAUAAUUUAUUCGCAAGCGGAGUUUGAAUUGUAGGAAACGGAGCGGCCGAGCUUAUAUAUUUAUUCAUAUUUAUGUGGAUCGCUUCUCUUUCUUACGCCCUCCUCUGGUUCUCGUCUGGUCGUUCGUCUUGUUUUUUUUUUUUACCAUUAUAUUUCCCAAGGUGGGAAAGGGGUCGGGGGUUUGGAGGCUUGGAUAGUCCUGGAUCGUUUUGAAAGCAGCAGAAGAAGGAGAGCCGGUGUGUCGCUGUGUCUGUAAUUCUUUGUUGCAUCCAUAAAGGAAGAUGUCGGGGCAGAGCAUUACGGACCGGAUCACCGCAGCCCAGCACAGUGUAACGGGCUCGGCUGUGUCCAAAACAGUAUGCAAGGCCACGACCCACGAAAUCAUGGGUCCCAAAAAGAAACAUUUGGACUAUCUGAUCCACUGCACCAACGAGAUGAAUGUGAACAUUCCUCAGCUGGCGGACUCACUGUUUGAGCGGACCACCAACACCAGCUGGGUGGUGGUCUUCAAGUCCCUCAUCACCACACAACACCUCAUGGUCUAUGGCAAUGAGCGUUUUGUCCAGUACUUGGCUUCAAGGAAUACAUUGUUCAACCUCAGUAAUUUUUUGGAUAAAAGUGGGCUACAAGGGUAUGACAUGUCCACAUUUAUCCGGAGGUAUAGUCGCUACCUCAACGAGAAGGCAGUCUCCUAUCGACAGGUGGCCUUUGACUUCACCAAAGUAAAGCGAGGGGUGGAUGGAGUGAUGAGGAUGAUGAACACAGAAAAGCUGCUCAAGACCAUCCCUAUCAUCCAGAACCAGAUGGAUGCCCUACUGGACUUCAACGUGAGUAGUGUCAAUGCCAAUGAGCUCACUAAUGGAGUCAUCAAUGCUGCGUUCAUGCUCCUGUUCAAAGACUCCAUCAGGCUCUUCGCUGCGUACAACGAAGGGAUUAUCAACCUGCUUGAAAAAUACUUUGACAUGAAGAAGACCCAGUGUAAAGAAGGCUUGGACAUCUACAAGAAGUUUCUCACCAGAAUGACCCGGAUAUCAGAGUUCCUCAAAGUAGCGGAGCAGGUGGGAAUUGAUCGAGGGGACAUUCCGGAUCUUUCUCAGGCUCCCAGCAGUCUCCUGGAAGCCCUGGAGCAGCACUUGGCCUCCUUAGAGGGCAAGAAGGUCAAAGACUCCACCGCUGCCAGCAGGGCGAGCACCCUGUCCAACGCGGUGUCGUCUCUAGCGAGCACGGGGAUGUCGUUCACUAAGGUAGACGAGCGGGAGAAGCAAGCGGCUCUGGAGGAAGAGCAGGCUCGGCUCAAAGCGCUUAAGGAACAGAGGCUGAAGGAGCUGUCUAAGAGGCCCUCUUUCGCCACGACCGACACGUCGCCCGUCUCCACCACAGGGGGCACCAUCAGCACAGCCCCGGCCAUCGACCUCUUCUCCACCCCCAGCUGCUCCAACGGUGCUCUGAAGAUGGAGAGCGACCUGUUCGACCUGCAGUCCACCUUCCAGCCCUCCAUGCAGUCUGGCUCUGCGGGCCUCCCAGUAGCGACUGCCUGGGCAGAUCCUUUCACCUCUGCCGAAGCUGGGGACGACUCCAUGCCAAACCUUAACCCUUUCCUCUCAAAAAUCGUUGUCGAUGCCGCGCACAUACCUGUCGUGUCUUCGGACGGUGUUAGCUUUCCCUCUAGGACGUCCGCCCAUGAAAUGUUUGGCGAUCGUUACAAUCCCUUUAUUGACACAAACUCGUCCGUUUCAACCAAUUACAAACGUACAGUGCGGAUAGAACACUCCAUGUCAGACUCCUUCUGUGGUCCAGCGCCAGGUCCCCAGCACCACCACCAGCCUCCCUACCCCACCGAGUCCUCUGCCGUAGCAGGUCUAUUCAGAGGGUACUCCACGCCACAGCCUGCCUCCCAGCAGCCCACUCCGUCCGGGGGCCUGCAGGUCGACUUUGAGUCGGUGUUUGGAGUCAAAGCGGCCGGCGGCAACGUCCUGGUUUCUGACGAUAUCUCCGGGAGCAUCCUGAAGCCAACUCUAGCGGGGUCCAGCCAGGGUCUGUGUUCCAUGACGAACCAAGACCGGCUGGUGUCAGACGACCUUGACUCCUCCCUGGCUAACCUCGUGGGCAACCUCGGCAUCGGAAAUGGAACCUCGAAAAAUGACAUCCACUGGAGUCAGCCGGGGGAGAAGAGGCUGACAGGAGGCACCAACUGGCAGCCCAAGGCUGCGCCCUCCACGACCUGGAACCCCGUCUCCAUGCCCACGUCUGUCAUGGCCUACCCCGCCACGACGCCAACGAACAUGAUGGGAUACGGCAUGCCCCCACCCAUGGGUUCCAUGGGGAUGAUGACCCAAUCCACCAUGAUGUACAGCCAGCCCAUCAUGCGGCCCCCUAACCCAUUCGGCUCUGUGUCCAGCGCGCAGCCUUCUGCGGCCUCUAGUCCCUCCAGCCAGAGUCCUCUCCGCGCUCCGGGACAGGACCCAUUUGCACAGCUCUCUCUCAAGGAUUUCUUGUAGACCCGUCUCUCUCUAGAUGCAGUUCAUGUAAUGGUGGCUGGGAGAGUCUCUGUGAGGACCAAGCACUUAGUGCCGGGCUCUGUCUACGACGCUGUCCAACUCUUCAGAGAAACCUCCUCCAACCCGACCCACACACCGACACACAGACACACACAGACACACACACACACACACACACACACACACACACACACACACACACACACACACACACACACACACACACACACACACACACACACACACACACACACACACACAUACACACAUACACACACACACACACACACACACACACACACAUACACACACGCACACACACACUUUCGAAUACAAGACAUGUCACGAACAGAGUGGUCGGCAAUGACUGUCCGAAACCAUGGCAACCGUCUCCGAACGACAUAUUGGACAAAACCCCUGCUGGCCCGUUCGAUUAUUACGCAAAUUUGUCCCCAAGACUUCAAGUGAUGCUGCUGUCCAACCGCCCCCCCCACCUGCUCCCCUCUCCCCCUCUACCCCUUCCCUCCCCUCCCCUCCCAAAUGUUGAGGGUCGCUCCUCACCCAUUUUACAGUGUAACCUGUAAAGAUAGUUAUGGGUGCUGAGAAACUGUUUAUCAUGUUUAUGUACACGGUGUUGGUUGGACAAAAAAAAAAAAGCUUGUCGUUCUCCUUAAGCGGGAAAGGGAGGGGGAGGGGGGGGGGAAGGGGUGACGCUGAGGAGGAGGGAUGUGGCGGGAAAAUCAAGCGGAGUCCCCUUUUAACCUUUCUUCAUCAGAACUCCAUCAUCGUCAUCAUCAUCGAUUUCCUCCUCCGGUAAUUUAACUGUCACCGAGUAGUGAUGCUAAUGACGUUUACACCUGUUUAGUUUUUGUCUUUUUUACCGUGUUUACAGUAGACAUUCCUUGUGUGUUGUUUGUAUUUAUUUAUGAUUAUUGAUUUAAGACUUUGGGGGGGGGGGGGGGCUGGGGCUGUAAAAUGUACACUACAUUGAACACCUGUGGGGUUGCUUCACCUUUAAAUAUGGAUCUCAGACUGUAUUAUUGAGAGGUAGAGUAAAAAAAAAUAGCUAUUAUAUUAAAUUACACCUAUUAAGCGGAAUGAUAGAGCACUAAAUAUUCUCCAGUUUUUGUGUUAAGGACAAUUUUUACUAGAUGAAAAUAUUUCACCAUCUCCGUUGUACUUCGAGUGCAGGGUGUAGAGUUUGAGUCAGUUACCUACAGUAUAUAGACAAUUCUGUGCCUAGGGUUUUUUGCAAUGGAAACAUUUUCUGUCUAGUGGGGA